AUGUCCAGCUUUAUCAAACUCGACAGCACCAAUCUGGUACAAGAUGGAACCAAUUCAACCUGGAAAUACUCCUUUCCCGGAUCGGCGGCUGACUUCCGCGAUGUAGUAUGUGCCAUUCAAUCGAUUUCGAUUUGCAUUGAAUCAAUGUUAUACUCGAUGUAUGACAGCGAGUAUAACAUUGAUUCAAUGCAAUUUCAGAACACAACGUUCAAAAUUGAAGUACCUACCGCUGCAACUACAUCCACAAUCAGUGUAUCCCUCCCUGAUAGUAUUUAUUCGUAUGACGAUAUCAACCGAAGCAUUCAGACUGCUCUUGUCAAUGCUGGGGCUGUCUAUUACGCUUGUCAGCUUGAUUUCUCGCCUACGCCUACAACUCUACCAACUACCGGUGGAACAUGGACCAGACCUACCUCCGGUUUAUACUCCUCUGGUGGUACUGGAUUGCCGACUACUACCCGCGUUCCUCGACUGAUCAUCGAUAAUGCUGAAUUCGGUAAAGUUGUUGGUCUCACAGCGGGUACAUACCCCUCCACAUCAGCUACUGUUGCAAGUGCUCAGCUAUCGAACAUCAUUCCUCAGAUUCACCCGACUAGUUCCUACAUCGUUCGUUGCGAUCUGAUCAAAAACGAAUACGUGGCUUCUGGUGAUAUUGUCAGUGCUUUUGAUAGAGGUGAUGCCGCUAUUGGAAAGGUCAUUUCAUACAAACCGAGCCAGUAUGCGUGGAUGAACUGUCAUAAUGGCGCUCGAGCUAGUAUUACACUCAGUAUCUAUAAACAAAAUGAUAAAAAAGUGAUUUUCAGAGAUACGUCGGUAUCCAUCAUGCUUCUGAUUCGUCCAAAAAAAGACAUCCAGAGUAUUUUUUUUAGGGCGGCUACAACGUAA